AUGUCUCUCUCCCUCUCUCCAUCCACACCAAAGCUCUUUAGGCUACUUUGCGCAUGUACGGCCAGUCAAAGCGAGCAUUGCAUCGACUCCAAGAUGGCGAAAACACGUCUGGCUUGCCUCCUGACUCUCCUCUCAACUCACUGCUACUUCAGCGUGUCAGCCGUGGUCCUGAAAACCAACAACGAAUCACCGUGGACCGAUGAGUUUGACAAAAUUGAGUUAUCGUGUUUGAUCGAGUCCAUCUCUACAACCAACCCCAGGAUUGAAUGGAAGAAGAUAACCAAUGAGGGCCCGAGUUAUGUCUACUUUGACAGGAAGAUCUCAGGCGACCUGGAGAACCGAGCGAUGAUCAGAGAACCGGCCACAUUGCUGAUAACCAACGCCACAAGGUUGGACACAGCCAAAUAUCGCUGUGAGGUCACCGCCGCUAACGACCAGAAGUCCUUCGACGAGAUUGUGAUUGACCUUGUUGUAAGAGUAAAGCCGGUGGUGCCAAAAUGCAGCGUCCCCAAAUCAGUGCCUUUUGGGAAGUCAGCCGAGCUGAGCUGCGUGGAGGACGAGGGCUUCCCCAAGUCUCAGUACCAGUGGUUCAAGAACAGGGAGGAGAUCCCCGACGACCCAAAGACCAGCCUCAAGUUCUUCAACUCCACGUACACGCUCAACGCAGAAGCCGGAACUCUGAACUUCAUCGCAGUCAGAAAAGAAGACGCAGGCGAAUACUUCUGCCGAGCGAAGAACGACGCAGGACACUCCGAGUGUCCGCCCCAGAAGAUGGAAGUCUAUGAUAUUGACGUUGUGGGGAUCGUACUGGGAGUGCUGGUGGUGGCCGUAGUGCUCUUGUGUAUAACAGCGGGGAUCUGCUGUGCAUACAAGCGAGGCUACUUCUCCAGCCAAAAACAGAUGGGGAACAACUACAAAGUUCCAGCUAAAGGAGAUGGAGUGGACUACGUCAGGACGGAGGAUGAGGGGGAUUUCCGACACAAGUCGUCAUUCGUGAUCUGAAAAGAGAUGGGGG